ACGAAAAAGGCUUGCGACAAUGUGAGACGACACCGAAUGUGCAGCUUUCAUGAAUCUGAUUUCAAGCAGCGCUGUGAAACCGGACCACUGCCCGCACAGCUCGGUUAACGGAGGAAAAAACGGACACGAGCCUGCCUUCUAAAACAAUGAAGACAAACAUAUUUCCUAGGCCCUCCGGCUGUCCUCUCUGCUGUGUCCUGGCUUCUGACUGCUGAUUGGAGCUGGCCUGGUGUGCUUAUAGGUGUGUGAGAGAUUGUAAGGAGAUGAAGUCCAGUAUGCGUCAGUGGCGGAGGCUGCUGUUGUUGGGCAUGUUGGCAUGGGCCCUCCUCUUCCUGGCUCUGCUCUCUUACUUCCUAGAUACCCCUGUGCACAACGAGCCCCUGACCUCCGCCAGCUCCUCGCUCUCCCAGCACCCCGACACACGGCGCCUGGCCUCCAUCCAAGGCGCCUCCCACCAGCAGCACCGCUCCAUCAUGGGCUCCCAGCCCGAACCCACCUACAACACCUUUACCACAGAAUAUCCCAACCAAGACCCUAACCAUUACCCAGACUCUGAGCCUAGCUCCUCCUCCACCACCCCUGAGCCUGGCCUGGAGCUGAGCUACGGGACCAGCCAAGAGACGGAGGGGGGCAGCCGCCAGCAGCAGGACUACCUGGACGCCCAGACCCUGGCUGCCUGGUCCUCCUCUAGCACGGAGAACGUGGGUUCCCACUCCGACCAGACAGUAACUCGAAACAGUGAGAGACCUGCCUGGACCGCCGGCCGGGGGCCCAACCGAACCACACGCCGGUCCUCACGUGAGGAUGAAGAGGAUGAGGAGGGGGUAGAGACGAACAAAAGCCACAAGAGGUGGAUCAUGGUGGGGGAUCAUGGGGAGAGGCGAGGAAAAGAAGAGGAUGGUUUAGAGGAGGACUACUCCUCCAAGUCUGCCUCACUGGUGCAGCGACUUUGGCGGGGAAAAGUGUCCUCUGGGAUGCUGUCCCCGCGACUGCAGCAUGCCAAGCGGGACUACCUGAGUGCCAACAAGCACCAUGUAUCCUAUAAAGGAGGACGGCGAGCUGCUCAGAGCUCCAGGGAACUACUGUGUGAGCUGAAGGACCAGGCCCGGCUGAGGACGCUGGACGGGUCUGAGCAGCCUUUCUCUUCACUGGGCUGGGCCCGCUUGGUACCGCGCCUGGCCCUGGAGCAGCUCUACAGACAAGGGGGCCAGAGAGGCUUUAGGAGCUGUGCUGUGGUGACCUCUGCUGGGGCUAUUUUGCACUCAGGCCUGGGGAAGGAGAUCGAUUCCCAUGAUGCAGUUCUGCGGUUCAACACAGCACCUACAGAGGGCUAUGAGAGGGACGUGGGGAACAAGACCACCAUCCGCAUCAUUAACUCGCAGAUCCUGGCCAAUCCUGAUCACCGCUUCAACACCAGCUCCCUGUAUAAGAACGUGACUCUGGUGGCCUGGGACCCUGCUCCGUAUGCUGUCAACCUACACAAGUGGUAUGCCAGUCCAGACUAUAACCUGUUCAGUCCGUACGUGGAGCACCGGAGGCUCCACCCCACCCAGCCCUUCUACAUCCUACACCCGAAAUAUGUGUGGCAUCUCUGGGACGUGAUCCAGGGCAACACCCAGGAGACCAUCCAGCCCAACCCACCCUCCUCUGGGUUUAUAGGCAUCCUCCUGAUGAUGGCGUUGUGCGAAGAGGUCCAUGUGUACGAGUACAUCCCCUCGCUGCGGCAGACAGACCUGUGCCACUACCACGAGCGCUACUACGACGCUGCAUGCACCCUGGGGGCGUACCACCCGCUGCUCUAUGAGAAGAGUCUGGUGCAGCGCAUCAACACAGGCCCUGUGAGAGACCUGAAGAGGAAGGGCCGUGUCACCCUCCCCGGCUUCAACACCGUCAACUGUGAACUCUGAACUAGGAAGCCACACAUGGAACCACCAUGACUCCACGCGUCUAAGGGAAAACGGUUCAAUAAGAACCCUCUGGACUCUGACCUUAGGGGGAAUCCUGAGGCAACCAUGUAGAACCAUGUAGAACAGUGGAGGACCUAAGCCAUAGCCCCUCUGUGUGGGAUGGGAUCAAAUUGAAGGCUGCAGCUCUAGUCUAACUACAUAAAUCAGGAUUUAUCAACAGAACCCACAUCGGUCAAAACCUUGCCUUCCUCAGAGGCAGGGUUGGGUAGGUUACUUUCUCAAUGUAAUCAACUACAGUUACUAGUUACCUGUCCAAAAUUGUAAUCGGUAAUGUAAUUUUUGGAUUAACCAAACUCCGUAACGUAAUCUGAUGACGCUCAGUUACUUUUGGAUUACGUAGAAAAAGACAAAAAGAUCAUCAAAUGCAUUUGGUGUGUCAUCAUAGUGGUCUUUGAUUGGUGGUCAUCAUUUGGUGUGUCAUCAUAGUGGUCUCUGACUUGUGGUCAGACUCGCUCAGGUGGAACAAACUUAACCUUGCCCCUUUUUUUCAAUGCUUAAUUGAAUGUCACUGAGAAAACAGAAAGGUGUCAUAAUGUAUUUUUUCGCAAACAUCCUUUCUAAAUUAAAAAGUAAUCCAAAAAGUAAUGAGCUAGUUUUUCAAAAGUAUCUGUAAUCUGAUGAUAGUAUUUUUGCUGGUAACGUAACUGAUUACAGUUACCAGUUGUUGUAAUCAGAUUACAUUCAAUCAGCUACUUUUCAACCCUCAGAGGGUUAACAAGCCCAAGACAUGCCCAAUAUGACCACCUCUAUCUCUGCCAUUGCUGAGCCGGAAGAGAGCAGAGCUGUCUAGGGUAGCAAUAGAAAAGUGUUUUUAGAUAGAGAAACGGUUUUGAUAUAUUUGGAUGUUUUUUGCUGUUGUGAAGCGUUGUUUCUCCAGAGCUCUGGUUGCUCUUCUUUCUUAAAAGGACAGUCCACAGUUUUUUUAAUGGUGGGUUAUGGCUCUCAUGGGGUGGUAAAUUAAUGUUUAAGAAAAUGAGCAGUGGUCCGCACUGAAUGUCUCACACACGUCCAUAUCGAACACACACUUUUGAAAAGGUACAAACUCUGCGUCCAUCAGCCACACUCCCGACAACAUGUGACACACCUGAAGUUGUAUUGGAAAUGUACCUUAAAACAAUACAUACACAACACACACCUGUACACUGUACAUACAGGCACACUGGAACUACACCAAACCCUCUUCGCCUUCUAAGUAUUAUCUAACCAAGAUGGAGGUACAUUGUUUUUGAUCUACAACUGUCACAUGUUGCUGUAUUUGACAUUCCUUAAAUGUUAUUUUCUAUUCUUAUUUGUUGUUGUCAAUGAUUUUGAGUGUUUGCUGCUACUGCGCUUUAUGUUACUCUCCUGUCCAAUCCCCAAGCUUGACUGCACCGGACCUGUUGCCAAUAAAAAGAUUGUCAUACUCCCCACUUAGCACUUUAAGACUGGCUAAUGACAGGCUGCCACUUCAAGGCUGCCACUUCAAAGGCAUGUCUGGUGGGUAGUUGGGUACCAAACCCUGGAAAAAACAUUGGUUGCCCAUUCUUAAGUUUAAUCCAGUACACCAAAUGAUGAGAGGCUAGUGGAAAGGAGCUUGGUGGUAAGAGAAAGGACUCACAAAACCUUCUCAGAAUAGCUAUAACCCUGUGCCUAGUGGCCAAAAGAACACUGGGUUGCCUUUCAAAACACCCUCAGACUGAUUAUUCACAUAUGCCAUCCAUUUAACUGCAGUGUCAUUGUUGAACUUUUUGUUGCUUAUUUCAUUGUUUAAUAGCUGAGAUUUAAAGAAGCCUGCUAAUCCGCCCAUAACUCAAACCGCCCUGUGUUCUGUUAGUGGCGAGUAGGAGAGAUCUCUAGUCAAAUUCCCAUACUGUCCAGUGUCCACCCCAUGCCAAAAGGCAAUCUGACGUCUCUUUAAAAGCAGCUGUAGCUACUGCGCUGAUUGACCUGUCACUUUGAAUGUAAUCAAACCUCUCCUUAGGGCAUUUCUCUCUACGAGCACGACCCAGACUGUGUGCCAUUUGAUGGAGUCAAGAGAAUGAGGGUUUCAGUCUGCAGGGUUUAGUAGCUCGACUGCCUCCCAGGCAUACAGCAGAGCGUAGUCUAGUUCUACCUUGAGACUAUCGUUCAUUAUGUCUUUACCGUUGUCAUUUUGACUCAAUACUCCAAUAUUGGUCUGAAAUGACUAUUUUGCCUGAGCUUGCAGCAGCCUGCCCUGGUGCGCUGCCGGAGGACAUUUCUUAUCGUGGCAGGGAUUUCAAGCAGUAAUAUCUCCAGACUCACUUUGUGUUUUAAUGGCUUUGUUAUUUACCCUGACUCUGUGCCAGACUUGCCUACAGUACAUUUCAGCUAGCUUGUGUGUGUGUGUGUGUGUGUGUGUGUGUGUGUGUGUGUGUGUGUGUGUGUGUGUGUGUGUGUGUGUGUGUGUGUGUGUGUGUGUGUGUGUGUGUGUGUGUGUGUGUGUGUGUGUGUGUGUGAAAGGAAAGGAAAGGAAAGGAGAUGGGGGAUUUCUCAGAGACCUAGUCUAAUAGUUUGUUCUGUAGGAUCAAUAUCUGGCCAUGCUGGAAUGGACAAUGGAGGCUUAGUUGUUUCCAAUCACAAAUCCGCUUACAACUACUAAGCCUCACCUUUAUCCCCAGCUGACCCAAUGAAAACAAACAGAUCAUGUACUUGUCCAUCUAUCCUAUUUGUCACUGUAGUUCUCUCCGUAGCGGCCAGCUAGUGACCAUUCCCUGGCCAGGGAAAACAUGGAAGGGGUUGAUAUUGGCAGUCAGUGACAGAAUGCAAAUAAGAGAUGUGUGUUAGCGUGUGUUAUUCUGUAUCGUGUUGCUAUGCCCUUGCUCCAGGAACCAUGCCUAACCAGGGUUGCAUAAAGGAGUUUAUUCAGUCCUACACAUGGCAAACAAACGCUGCUUGCGAUAAACCGAGGCAACUGUUGUUGUAUUCAGGUGAUAGAAGAGAGACCGAACAGGAAUACCAUUUAGAGUUAGCUGUUUUAAAUAUGUGAUGUGUCGGUAUGAGGGAACUCUGAUGGCUCUUUGCAAUUUUUUUAAUUUCUUGUAGUAUUGUAUGUUCUUAUUACAUUGAAUGUUGUACAUUUUUUAUAAAUUGUGUUCAUGCAGGGCUCCCUUGGAUAGAGUCCUUUGUAUAUUCAAUGGAACUCCCUGUAGAAAUAAAGGUUAAAUAAAAUAAAUAAAGCCUUUGCAGUAGUUCGGGGAGCUAACGCAAGUUCAGGUCUCAGGCAAGGUUACUCAGCACGCAUGCGUGGUUCCGAAUAACGGUUACACCGGCACUCCAGGUCAAGCAAAAUAUCACACCGGAUGGAAAGAAAACAUUGGCUUUGAGGAGCCAGACACACCGCUGUGUCGUAUGAUCGCCUAGGGCCAACCUCUCACUGAGAGAUCUGACUGAGGGAAACAAGGCAGUUGUCAAGCUGUCUGGAAGAGUCUCUUACACACACUAUAUCAGAAGUAUCAUCUCUGAUUCAUCUCCAUGCGUUGUUUAUUAUUGAUGUUUACAAAUCAUCAACUGUAACUAGGGUUACAAGGGGAGGGUGCAUUACUGGAAUCUCUGUAAAAUACCAGAAUUUGGUAUCUUAAAAAGAUUUUAUGUACUCUUUCACAAGAUAUCUAGUGGCCCAUUUGGGUACUUCAGAAAAUCAUGGGUGUCUGUAAUUAUCUCUGGCCCUCUGUGUGGCCUUAUCACAUGUAAAAUAUCUAAAAUAAUGAAAUAAGAUAUUUUUCAAAAUGAUGACAGCUGUAAAACAUUAUCUUAAUUAUAAACCAUCAACUUGGUGAAUACCACUGGUGUUUUAAUGAGGCUUUUAGCAUGAAGUUUCCUUUUUUAGUUUUUUACACGUAUUUGUUCAUGUUUUGGUGUCAAACUGGUGGCAGUUGUGUAAAAAGGCAAUAAAUGGAAGAGUUGCAGUUAAUUGAAGAUAAUUCCCUUGUUGCUUAGAUGCUUUUUUUCAUGAAUUGGGAUAUUUUCUCUUGAACCAUCUGGUCUAUCUACGAGAACCUCAUGGAUGAUAUGGACACAGAUAUAAUAAAUGAAUGCUAUAUAUGAA